UUCAAAUUUAUUUUGCAUCUGUGUAUAUAAUAGCAGGCAUUAUGUAACAAUUAAAUAAAUAUUUUAGAAUUUAAAAGUGAUAAAUAAUUAUGAAUUCGUUUUCGACUCGUAUACCUUUUUUUCGACAUAUUUAUUUUAAAAAAAUGUAUCAUCAAGUCAGAAACCUAUUAGGACUCUUAAAAUCAGACAUCUUUUCUGCUGGUCAGAUCUCCAUGCACUGAUUCAAAUUUUUUGGAGUUCGGGAAUGCAUACAACAAUGAUGGGGUUAUUUCUCCAAUUAUCUUUGCUUUCUAUUGCGUGACUUACACAUUUAGUGACGGUCAACAAUUAAUAGAUUUUAAUGUCAGCAAGCUAAUUAUUGUAAUUGCCGUGCUUAUUAAUUGUGUAAAUAUUUUCGUUGGUUACCUAAACAAUUCAGGGACGGAGCAACUUGAGAACUAAGCUCCUAAAUGAACCGGUUCCUUACUUUCAGUAUAAUAACCAACAAAUAUAUAUGGUUUUAAUGAUGCAAGUAAUAAUUUUAAAGACUAUAAAGGAACUAGGAUGUAAAAAGUCAGUUCCUGUGGGAACAAGCUCAACAGUACCUCCCUAGUUCAUCCUUAUUAAAAAUAUAUCACCAAGGUGACCUAUAAGGACUUUUGGAACUACAAGGUUAUAAAAGCCGGAAAUUCUGUAGGUUAUUCAAUAAGUAUAUUAAAAUUAAGCUGUUGAAAAUGGAGUCUACGAAUCGUCUAAGUGCCAUCCAAUCUCUGUUGGUAAUUCAACGAUGGAUAGGACUCCUGAAAUGGGAAAACAAGGAAGAAGAUUACUUUUUAACCUGGCUAAAGCGCGUUUAUCCCUUCGUGUUGCACCUGCCGCUUACUUUUACUUAUAUAGCACUCAUGUGGUAUGAGGCCAUCACUUCAUCUGAUUUCGAGGAAGCUGGACAAGUUUUAUACAUGUCUAUAGCCGAACUGGCCCUGGUCACUAAAAUUCUGAAUAUUUGGCUUCGACGCAAUGAAGCAGCUAACCUUAUCAACGAAUUACAACACGAUCCUGCCUAUAAUCUGCGCAAUGCGGAAGAAGUUCAAUUCUGGCAGAGAAAUCAGAUAAGUUUUAAACGCAUCUUCUAUUGGUACAUCGCUGGCAGCCUUUUUGUGGCUAUAACUGGAUAUAUAAGCGUAUUUUUCCAAGAGGAGUACGAGCUGCCCUUCGGAUACUACGUGCCCUUUGAGUGGCGAACCAAGGAGAGAUAUUUCUACGCCUGGAGCUACAAUGUGGUGGCCAUGACUUUGUGCUGCCUAUCCAAUAUCCUCUUGGAUACUUUGGGAUGCUAUUUCAUGUUCCAGAUAGCCUCGCUUUAUAGGUUGAUAGGGAUGCGCCUGGAGGCUUUGAAAACGGCCCCCGAGAAAAAGGCCAAGCCAGAGUUGAGAAACAUUUUCCAACUUCACGCAAAAGUCCGACGAUUGACGAGGCAGUGUGAAGUCCUGGUUUCGCCCUAUGUCCUAUCUCAGGUGGUCUUUAGUGCUCUUAUCAUCUGCUUCAGUGCCUAUCGACUGGUGCAUAUGGGUUUCAAACAGCGCCCCGGACUUUUCGUGACCACCAUACAGUUCGUGGCCGUCAUGAUCCUUCAGAUUUUCCUGCCCUGCUAUUACGGCAAUGAGCUGACCUUCCAUGCCAAUUCUCUUACCAAUAGUGUCUUCGGAACCAACUGGCUGGAGUACUCCGUGGGCACUCGGAAGCUGCUCAACUGCUAUAUGGAGUUCCUCAAGCGACCGGUGAAAGUGCGAGCUGGAGUGUUCUUUGAAAUAGGAUUGCCCAUCUUUGUAAAGACUAUCAACAAUGCCUACAGUUUCUUCGCCCUGCUGCUGAAGAUAUCCAAGUAAAGUGAGACCCUUGCUGCAGAGCCACAAUGUAGCACCCACCCACGGGUCGGAUACGUAACAUUGUAACUCAUACGCCGCGUUGUUGUGAACAUGGAGAAUA